CUUUCCGGUGGACCUCGGACGCAUCAUUAUCAUUUCGAAACGUUUUCUGGUUUGUACUCUUGAAUGCUUCCAGUUUGUAUUAAAAUGCGGACCAGGCUCUGGCGAUGUCGUCUAAAAUUUGGUCUUUGACACAAAUGGCCGGAAUAAUCCUCAGGAGAUGCGCGAGCAGGACUUUACUGUCACCAUCUGGUGCAAAAGGCAUCCGAAUCAGAGGGACAAACCGGGACCACUGGACAACUUUAAGAAGGACUGCCACUACUCUGACUACCGGCGGAGCCGCUUUCCUCCUCGGGGUCCCCACCCUGUCCUGCCUGGGUUAUGAAGCGUAUCACAGGGUGCACGGUUCAGCUGUGGUCCACGCUUUAGAGAAAGAGGAGGUCUUGGAGCAGGCGGACUACCUUUACAGCUGUGCCGAGACCGAGAAGCUGUACCAGCUGCUGCUGAAGUACAAGGACAGUGAUGACGCAGAGUUCCUGUGGAGGCUGGCCCGGGCGUCUCGGGACCUGUCCGAACUGCCCAACAUGGAGGACGGACGGAAAAAGCAGCUGAUAUUCGAGGGCUUCGAAUUUGCAAAGAAGGCCCUGGAGAAGGAUGAGAAGUGUUUCGCAGCACACAAAUGGUACGCAGUAUGUCUCAGUGAUGUCGGUGAAUACGAGGGGGUCAAGGUGAAAAUUGGAAAUUCAUACAUCAUCCGGGAACAUUUAGAGAAAGCCAUCGAGCUCAAUCCCAAAGACGCCACUUCCUUACAUAUUCUGGGUUACUGGUGCUUUGCUUUUGCUGAGCUGCCUUGGUAUCAACGCAAAGUGGCGGCGGUCAUUUUUUCAUCGCCGCCUACGUCCACAUACGAGGAGGCUCUGGGAUUCUUUCUGAAAGCUGAAGAAGUGGAUCCAGACUUCUACAGUAAAAACCUGCUAAUGCUCGGAAAAACCUACAUGGGCAUGAAGGACAAACAGAAAGCACUGUUCUAUCUGACCAAAGCGAAGGAGUACCCUGCUCACACACUGGAAGACAAAGCGGUCCAUAAAGAGGCUGUUGACCUCUUGAAGAAACUAGGAUGAAGCUGGUAUCACCACUGAGUGGGACACAACGCCGUUGGGGACUUUUGUACUCUUUGCAAGAGAAUGCUGUUCUAACAUCCGAUUUUGUAAUUAUUAAUACAAUAGAACCACACUAUUUGUAAUCAUUCAGCUUUUAGUUAAAUUAAAACUACACCAGGCAAUAUGUUAUUGCAGUAGUAGACAGGA